AAAGUUAGAAAUAUGUCGUAGUACACGCCAUCUUCAUUUUCUCUCGAUUCUCCCGCUCACCACUGUAUACGGCGGCGCGUGCUUCUCAAACGCUUAGUUCAAUUUUCUCAUAGAACGACGUUCUUACCCUUCAGUUGCAUAUUGUUAGGGUUGGUUGAUUAACAGAUGAAUUCUAGAAGGGGAGGUGGUCAGUUAAACAAAGGUAAAAACAUAAUCGGGAGUUCUAGCACAGAUGUUGUUGAUCUAAACCGGAUAGUCCAGGAUAUGAACAUGAAUUCGAGUCGUCAUGUUAGUUGGGAGAAUUUCUCUAAAAAGAACAAAUAUAGUUCCGGAAACAGUGCUUCUUUCAACCACUCAGGUUCUCGGACUCAUAAACCAAAUCUGCAGCGAACCCAUAAUGUGCAGCCGGUAAGACCUCCAAACAACGCGUGGGCCGCCAACCAAACAGGCCGCAGAUACUAUGUUCCUGUUCCUGUUCCUCAACCUUAUAAGGUGGAAGAAGAUGUUGCUGUUGAAGAUCACGCUGACAAUUAUGAAUCUGAUGAUGAACUUAACUAUGAUGAAUAUGAUUAUGAUUCAGAUGAUAACCCUAUCAGCCAUGAAGAGCGGAAGAAGAACAGGUGGUAUGCCGACUUUUUCGAGACUUUGGACUCGUUAACCAUUGACCAGAUUAACGAACCAACAAGGCAGUGGCAUUGCCCCGCUUGUCAGAAUGGUCCCGGUGCGAUUGACUGGUACUGCAGUAUACAGGCUCUAGUAGCACAUGCUAAAACUAAAGGGUCCAAAAGAGUAAAGAUUCAUAGAGAUUUAGCGGGAAUAUUGGAGGAAGAGUUGAGAAGAAAGGGCGCAACGGUUAAUCCAGCUGGCAAAUCGUACGGACAGUGGACCGGACUGAAUGAAGUUGUAAAAGACAAGCAGAUAGUUUGGCCACCAAUGGUGAUCAUCAUGAACACACGGCUCGAACAAGACGAGAACGAAAAGUGGGUAGGCAUGGGGAACCCAGAGCUUCUUGAUUACUUCGGGUCGUAUGAAGCGGUGAAAGCCCGCCAUUCUUACGGGCCAAAAGGGCACAUGGGCAUGAGCGUACUGAUAUUCGAGUCAUCGGCUGUUGGAUACACAGAGGCUGUACGACUGAGCCAACAUUUCGAGAACGAAGGUACCGACCGAGUCGCAUGGGACCGCAACCCUAUUUUGUUCUAUCCUGGAGGUAAACGAAAGCUUUAUGGUUACAUGGCGACAAAAGGAGAUAUGGAUAUCUUUAACAAGCACUCUAAAGGGAAAGUAAAGUUGAAGUUCGAAAUGGUUUCUUACCACGAAAAAGUUGUGGAUCAACUGAAACAAAUGAACGAAGAAAACCAGCAACUGCAUUGGUAUAAAGACAAAGCAGUAACUCACCAGAUGCACGCGAAGGCACUUGAAGAGAGUAUCGAUUUGGUAUCUAAAAAACUUAGGAAAAAAGAAGUAGAGGAUCGUAUCAAGAAGGAGAGGACACAACAACACUGUGAGGAGUUGGAGGAAGCGUUGGAUUCACAAGAACAGUUCUUUAAAGACCAGCUGAAGUUGAUGAAAUAUGCCAGGAAUGCAAAAGAAAGCGAGUUUGAUAAGCUGCAGGAGGAAGAUCGCGUGAGGGUUGAAGGAUCUUAUUCGGCAGUGGAUCCACAGAGGGAGGAGAAACUUGAAGAGAUAAAAGAAUUUCAGGAAGAAAGGGAGAAGUUGAAGAGCAUGUAUAUGAAGAAAAAGAUCGAGUUGGAGAAAUGGUUUGAUACCGAGUUGACUCAGUUGAUGGACAAGUACACUCACAUAAACUGAGCCUUAUGCUGCUAGUCCUUAAUAGCCCCUUAAUGAUAUUGCUAAGUUGUAGCUUUGAUCACAUAGUUAUGUAAGGACGUGUUUUGAAAAUCAUAAUUAUUGAUAUGGGCCUUUUCCACA